UACUGCUUGUUUAUACCUCUGCAGUAUUAUAGUGAAUUAUAUUCCUUAACCCGGUGGUGGUAGCAACGGGGAUCAUGUUUCUUAACCCGGUAGCAGCGACGGGCCAAAUUUGUGGCGUUACCAUGUAGCAGCGAUGGGCUAAAUUUGUGGCUUUACCAUGUAGCAGUGACGGGCCAAAUUUGUGGCUUUACUGUGUAGCAGCGAUGGGCGAAAUUCGUGGUUUUACCGUGUAGCAGCAACAGGCCAAAUUUGUGGCUUUAAUUGCCACAGCAGCAGCAAUCUGAUCACAAAUGCUUUGAUAUAUAUUAUGAAAUGGUUUGUGUGAGGGUGAUUUUUUUUCAUUUUUCUCGCUUGGAGGGACCAUUAAGAAACAUGAUCCCCGCUGCUACCACCACCACCGGGUUAACAUGGAGGAAAAUCAACCACACUGCCACACUGAAUUAUCCCCACUUAUAAAAUCUUCUCUUCCAGUUGACUUGGAAUUCCUCAAGGCGGUGGAACAUUACAGCCUGCGACGAGAACGAGUCUUCAGACCAUUAAGAAACAUGGUCCCCACUGCCGCCACCACCAUCUUCACUCUUUCAUCCCUAUACUGUCCAAACCCCUUAUGCAAGAGUUAACAAGAGUAUCAACAAAAUCUCAGGAUGCAAACGGUAAUUAAAAUUGAUUCAUUGUCAUUGUAAGCAAAGAUCUUUUUAGAAACAUGAAAUCUUUCAUGAUUCUUUGUAACCUGCUUCUUGGUGAAUAAACCUAUUAUUAUUAUUAUUAUUAUUAUUAUUAUUAUUAUUAUUAUCAUUAUUAUUAUUAUUAUUUGCACCUCUUGGACUUUGGGCGCCACCGGAAAACAAGAUUCUGCAAGAGUUCUUCGACUUUGUUGACCGCCAAAACAUGUCAUGCAGGACAGAGAGGCGGUGGCUGAGUGGAUAGCGUGACGGCGCCGCAUUCAGGACGACGCGAGUUCAAUCCCCGCCCGGUGCCACCAAGCUGGGAUUUUUCAGCCACCGCCGAGUGGCUUAAAACUACCCACAUGCUGUUCAGAAGACCACCCAUCAACCUGGACUCUAGAUUCUAGGAUUAAAGAUGAGCUCCGGGAGGGCAGCAUGAGCCAAUGCAAGAUGACACCUACCGAAUGGGCGCAAGCCACUCCCGGUGAGGUAUAUAUGGGAGGUGAGGAGGGUGCUGAAGCCCUCCAUAGACCCUUCCCAUUACCUCAUUAACCGUUUCCCUAUUGUCUCAUCUACACCAGGGAGUAGUUCAGCAUGCUCUCUAGACAGAUCCUCUCUCUAUCCACACCACACUACAUUCACACAUCACACACACCUUUUCCCAAAAUUCAAAAUGGCGCACCUUCACCUUGCCUCGGAGUCACCGCCUGGGGGGGGGGGGACCACAAAUUCCCCCAGGGAGGACUCCCCUUCUGGCUGCCGACCCGAGAGGUGUCUUGAUAGCUCCUCGAACCUUUUUCUUAUCAAUUUCUGCAACAUUUGCGGUCUUCGUUCUAAUUUUCAUUCUGUGGAACACCAUCUCUCCUCCUCUAAACCUCACCUUCUCUUCCUCACCAAAACACAGGUUUCUGAGGCUACUGACAGCAACCUCUACUCUGUUCCCUCCUACUAUCUCUAUCUUAAAUUUCAAUCCAAAGCUGGAUGUUGCGCCUACGUGCGCAACGACAUCACUUGCUCUCGUGCCCACGACCUUGACUCUUUUGAAUUUUCCAUCAUCUGGCUAAGACUUCAUUGUCAUUCUAUUACUAAAUACAUUUGUGCUGUUUAUCUCUCACCUAACUCUACUAACUAUGUAAAAUUCUUUGACUACUUGAACUCUAAAGUGGAGCACAUCUUGACCCACUCUCCCUUUGCUGAAAUCUCCACCUUGGGAGAUUUCAAUGUUCACCACCAGCUUUGGCUUUCAUCCUCUUUCACUGACCAGCCUGGUGAACAAGCCUACAACUUUGCUAUCCUCAACGACCUAGAGCAGUUAGUUCAGCACCCUACUCGUAUUCCCGACCGUCUUGGAGACCGGCCCAACAUACUAGACCACUUCCUUACCUCAAACCCUUCUGCUUACUCUGUCAAACUGUUCUCUCCGUUGGGCUCCUCCAAUCACAACCUUAUUUCUGUAUUCUGUCCUAUUGCUCCUGUACACCUUCUGGACCCACCAAAGAGGCGAUGCUUCUGGCAUUUUGCUUCAGCUCAAUGGGACGACCUGAGGAUGUACUUUUCCGAUUUCCCGUGGAAUGAUUAUUGCUUCCAGGAGAGAGACCCCUCUGUGUGUGCCCAGCGCAUCACAGAGGUGAUUGUCUCAGGAAUGGAGGCAUACAAUCCACGUUCUUUCUCUACUCCUCACGCUAAAAAGUCUUGGUUUAAUCACGCUUGUUCUCGUGCUGUCAAAGAUAGAGAGGCAGCUCACAAAAGGUACCAGAGCCUUCGAACUCUCGCUAAUCAUGACCUUUACAUUUCAGCCCGGAAUCGUGCCAAAUCUAUUCUUCAACUUACCAAAAACUCCUUUCUCCACAGCAAAUGCCAACACCUUGCUUUCUCAAAUUCGUCCAGAGACUUCUGGGCCCAUAUUCUACAUACCGUCAUAACUUCUUCUGAUGGUCAUAGCGGAACAAAAUGGCGCAUUUCAGACAUAACUCCGUCAGAAACUCUUAUGGUCGACCAUAAACUCUUAUGGACGACCAUAAAAUUGCGCGGGACGCUGAGGUCGGGUUCACCCUGCCAUAACUCUGCUUAUGAUCGUCAGAAGCGCGUCAACAUGGCAGCCCCACGUCAACACGCUCCCCAGCCUUUUCGAAGAAGAGACGUACUGAACGAGCUCAGCGAUGCUGAGCUUAUCAGGAGAUACAGACUUGACAAGGAAGGUAUUUUGUACGUCACUAAUCUUGUGAGGGAAGCCUUGUCAAGUGACACCAAGAGAAGAAACCCACUCACCCCGGAGAUGAAGGUGAUCAUCACACUGCGGUAUCUUGCCACGGGAAAAAUGCAAAUGUGCAGCAGCGACGACCUCGGCCCAUCACAGCCCAGCAUCAGCAGAGCCAUCACCCAGACCAUUGACGCCCUUGCAAACGUCAAUAUUCUCAAGCAGUUCAUCAGCUUCCCCACCACCCAAGACAUUACUGGGGCGAACAAGGCAGACUUCCUCACCAUUGCAAAUUUUCCCGGGGUUAUUGGUGACGUUGAUGGGACACACGUAAGGAUUGUGGCACCAAAGGAGGAGGAAGACGCGUUUGUCAACGGCAAGGGCUAUCACAGUAUUAAUGUGCAGGUCAUAUUCGAUGCCAACUAUCGAAUACUGGAUAUCCUAGCGAAGUGGCCUGGCUCAGUGCAUGAUGCACGAAUUUUGAAUGGCUGUGGAGUGGCAGAAUUGUUCCGGAGAGGGCAUGUGCCACCAGGUAGUCACUUGUUGGGAGACAGUGGCUAUCCCAGCAAGCCAUGGCUCCUGACACCUUACCUGCGACCUCUGCCUGGACCUCAGUCACGCUAUAAUAGGGCCCACAAACAGACACGGAGUGUUGUGGAACAGGGAAUAGGACAGCUCAAGCGCCGCUUUCAUGUCCUACACAGCGAGGUCCGAGUAACUCCCCCGGUGAAGGUGUGCCAGCUGAUUCAUGUAUGUGGCAUGCUCCACAACAUCUGCAAGGACAGGAAUAUUCCCAUUCCUCUCGAUGCAGCUCAACCUAACGCUGAAGAAGCAGAUUUUGCCGUGGCACAACCUGAAGGUGUGCAAGUUGUGCCGCCACUUCCAGCUGGUCAGCGGAAUGAAGGUCGCCUGUAUCGAGAUGAAUUCUGCAACUUGCAUUUCUACAAUGAAGACUGAAACCUGUUCCUCAGCACGACUGGCCAAGUACAUGCCAAGCUGCCUCCUGUGCCCUUACAGCUGCCUCCUGCGCCCUCGCAGCUGCCUCCUGCACCCCUGCAGCUCCUGCAAAGGCCCGAGCACAAGCAGCCACCUCCUCUGCGGCUGCCUUCAUGGCCCGUGCAGCCUCCUC